GAAGUCCGGAUUGCGCGAUUGCUGGUGCUGCAUUUGGGUGCAUGGUGGCGGUAGCGAGUCGCCUGCACCCAUCCGCGGUGUUUGUGUGCAUGAAAGAGUGUGUGUGUGUGUGUGUAUGUGUAUGUGCGUGUGAAUGUGUAUGUGUCGGGCUCUCCACUAUAUCGAAGAUGGCGGUGUCCGUGUUUCCCGGCGUGCGGCUCCUCUCGAUCGGAGACGCAAACGGAGAGAUACAGCGACAUUCUGAACAGCAGCCGCUACGGUUGGAGGUGAAAACCACACCAGACGCAGCCUUGAUAAAUCUCUCCAACACAGAGGAAACGUGUGUGUUCAAGUGCUCGUUGUCACGGGAGACGGAGUGCAGCCGCGUGGGGAAGCAGUCCUUCAUCAUCACCCUGGGCUGCAACAGUGUCCUCCUGCAAUUCUCCUCCCCGGCAGAUUUCUCCUCCUUCAGUAACAUCCUGAAGAACUGCCGUGGCCACAGCACCGAGAGAUCGGUGUUCAGUGACAGGACAGAGGAGUCUUCCGCUGUGCAGUACUUCCAGUUCUAUGGCUACCUCUCCCAGCAGCAGAACAUGAUGCAGGACUAUGUGCGGACAGGAACAUAUCAGCGAGCCAUUCUCCAGAACCACACAGACUUUAAGGACAAGGUGGUGCUGGACGUGGGUUGUGGCUCAGGGAUCCUCUCCUUCUUUGCGGCCCAGGCGGGGGCCCGGAAGGUGUACGCGGUGGAGGCCAGCACCAUGGCCCAGCAUGCCGAGCUGCUGGUGAACAGCAACGGGCUGCAGGAGCGCGUGCAGGUGAUCCCUGGGAAGGUGGAGGAGGUGUCGCUGCCCGAGCAGGUCGACAUCAUCAUCUCCGAGCCAAUGGGAUACAUGCUCUUCAACGAGCGCAUGCUGGAGAGCUACCUGCACGCCAAGAAGUUCCUCAAACCCAGCGGUAACCUGUUCCCCACCAUCGGCGAUGUGCACCUGGCCCCGUUCACGGAUGAACAGCUGUACAUGGAGCAGUUCACCAAGGCCAACUUCUGGUAUCAGCCAUCCUUCCAUGGUGUGGACCUCUCCGCUCUGCGUGGUGCUGCUGUGGACGAGUAUUUCCGCCAGCCAUCGUGCCUACUUUGCAUGUUUAAUUGGGGAACGUUGGCGUGGUUUUUCUCGGCAGUUUGUCUGCAGAAGGGCUGCUUGUUCUUUCAGGGGAGGCUGGAGAAAGUGACGCGUGCUCCCUCCUGGUUCCUCCCCACAGGAGCGUCCGUGGGCCAGGCCGGGCCCAGCAGCAGCCAGUUCACCAUGGGCGGCCCCCCUAUCUCCAUGGCCUCCCCGAUGGCCAUACCUAGCAACACCAUGCACUACGGGAGCUAAGACCUCUCACCUCUCACCCCCCCCCCCCCCCCGCCCCUCAACUGACAACAGCCAGAACAAAACCAAAACCGACUACCCCCGCCCCCCCGCCCCUUGUCGUCAAGACCCUCCCUGUCACGUGUUCUCGUCUUUUUCGUCCUCCGAUCGCCCUUGCUGUUUCAGUCCUUCAUCCUUCACUCGUUUGCCUUCCCCCCCCUUUUUUCCCGCCAUGCUCAGGCCAGCCACAAGGUGGCAGCACUUCUCCGCUGACGGAUUCGUACCGAAGAGACGGCCACACGUGAAGCAAACGGAUGCACGCGCACAGACAGACAUGCACACUCACACGCGCACGCACACACACACAUACACACACAUGCACACUCUCUCACACACGCACACACACACACACACACAUACACGCACGCACACACACAUACACGCGCACGCAUACACACACACACACGCAUGCACACACACAACACUGUACUCUGCUCUCACAGAAUGCUGCUGUGCUGUGAUUGAAAUGAGUAAUGCACGCACACACACACAAAAUGCUGUACUCUGCUCUCACCGAACGCUGCUGUGCUAUCACUGAAAUAAGUCAAACACAGACACACACUCCCUUUCUCACACACACACACACACACACACACACAAACACGCCAGGCAUGAAACAAAAAGCUGAACUUGUCAGGACUGCACUCCCGGCUGUUCGGGAUGAGCUGUGGAAUAUCUCCGGCUCUUCCUCGGACACCCAGGGCGGCCUGGUCAACCACGGAUCCUCCUCCGCCAUGAACUUUGACCCCUGACGUGAUCACCGCGGUGACCCUGACCCGUCAUCGCGCUCCGCCCCAGGGACUUCUGACUUGAGAACGACCGAGUGACUCUUGAAUAGUACCUCUUCUGUACCUAGUGUUGAUAUCUCCAUGCCAAGUUUACCGCUAGCUUAGCAAAGACAAGCGAGACUCCUGUCUAAAAAUGCACCUCUCAACCUGCCUGUAGGAUCCAGUCCUUUUAUAAUCAAACUGGGCCCCCACCCCACCAAGCCCCCCCCCCCCCCUGCUGGGCCUCGGCCAAUGAGGGUGUGGGAAUCGCGCUGCUUUUCGUAGACGUCAAAGGGAGGAGGGAGCAGAAGAGCUGGGACUUCAGGACUGGGGUCUGCUCUGGAGCAGGUGUACUGCUGGAUCAACAGUUUUACACCCCUGUCUUCUUCCCCCCCCCCCCCCCCCCUGAAUCCCCCUUACACCUCUGAGACUGAAACUGGUCUGGAGCUGCUGGUGCCCCCCGCCCAAAAAAAAACCCCCAAAAGAUUCCACUGAAUCUGCCCGGCAUCCUCACCACACAGGCACUGUUGUCGCCCCGAGUUACGGACAAAAGGACAAACCAGCAAAACCGUACGUUGCUUCCAGUCCAUAGGUAUGAAGACUUUGUUCAAUUCCGGUUUCGCGACUUUUAAAGACAAAGUGAGAUGUCUCUGCUAGUUUGUAGACUUGACUAAUUUCUUUAUUGUCUUUUUUUUUCUUUCACAAAAAAGAUACACAAAAAACAAGCAAAAAAAAAAAAAGGAGCAAAUUAAAUGUUGGUGGAGAAUUCCCUGAAA